GUCUCGCCUGCAAAAAUGAUGGAGCUGCACUCGAACGACGUUGACCUGGAAGAUGGCGAGAUAUCAGACAGCGACAACGAUGGCGUUUAUACGCCGCUGCAGCGACCUGCAGGUGCCGAGAAGGUGGCCAGCCCCCUCACCACCUGCCACCAGAUUCAGACGGCGCUGGAGGAGGAGUCGCAGAGCAAUAGUGACUCCUCGUCGGCCGAGUCCUCCGAGGACGGUUGCAUCAAGAAGCUGCGCACGGAUGCCACCGUGCAGGGCGGCCACAAGAAGCGGAAAAAGCGCAUUCGGCGCACCGUCAUGCGACGCGUACCGCCCACAGACGCCGAAAUGCAGCCAAAUCGCGCCCGCUUCAAGAAGUACAACGUGUGGGCCUCCGCCCUGCAGGAGGACGCCCUCAGCGAGAAUAUGCGUGGCUGCGAUGUUACAAGGAGCGGGCGGGAUCGGAAUGUGGAGAAUUACGACUUCUCGCUGCGGUAUCGUCUCAACGGCGGGAACAGCCUGAAGCGACGGCUCUCGAACUCCUCGGAGGAGGGCGGCGAGUCCUCGCAUCCGGCUCACAAAAGGGGUAGGCGCUCCAGCCGCUCCACUGACGAGUAUCCACAGCGCGGCGCGGUCAAGAGCAGACUGGGUCACCGGUCGCGACGCGCCACAUCCUCGGCCAGCGGCUCCUCCGACUCUUGCGAGCCCAGGCACAUUCUGGAUCUCAACGAAGUGGCCGGCAGGGAUCCCUCCGAUGUGGCCACCGAGAUGGCCAGCAAACUGUACGAGGAAAAGGAUGAAUUACUAGUUCGAGUCGUGGAAAUCCUGGGCAUGGAUUUGCCCCUCCAGCUAUACAAAGAAACUCAGCGCAUCGAAGCCGAUGGCGGCAUGAUGAUCAAAAACGGCAAACGGAGACGUACACCAGGCGGUGUAUUCCUGUUCUUGCUUAAACACCACGACAGCAUUACCCAGGAGCAGCAAAAAUCCAUUUUCAGCGAGGAUCGCCAGAGCCUCAACAAGUCGCGAAAGCAGAUCGAGACUUUAAUGCGGGACCGCAAGGUGGAGGAGCUGAAAAAGUGUCUCAGUAAGCAGGUCCCAGAGCUGCCAACUUUGAGCCAGCGCAAGGAGCACUAUAUGCAGGGCGACGAGCUGAGGGAGGACAACCAGCCAAGCAACUUGUCAAACCCGCCGCCCUCGCCCGUUGGCGCUGGACAGGAGCAGGAUAGCCCCGAGUACAGGACGCACGACAUCAACAUAAAUGUGGUGGACACCACCGAACUGCCCUCCACAUCCAAGGCAGCGGCGGCGGCGGCGGCUCAAGGAGCGCCACUCAAGGGAUUAAUCAGCUACGACGACGACUUUCUGGACGUCAAUUGCGGGGACAUGGACUUCUUCUAGGCCCACGCCAAGCGCCGGGCCCCCUUUUAUACCGCACUUGCAUAGAUAGACCCAUAUUUGUACAAUUAAAUAAAUGCCUAGCGAAUUAGGACUCUGAAAA